GACUUUCUCCACAAUACGGACUCGGCUUUCAAGACGCUGCGGGCACCCUCCAAAGAAAUUCAGGGGCAUCAAGCCGGGUCUACAGCUCCUUUGCACGCGACUGUGAGCCCUUUCUCGGUAAAUGGUGCUCAAGCCUCCAGUAAUUCUAACAUCUCUCAUCAGCAGGGACACAGUCAUCAUGCACUUCAUAGAGAUUGCGGUAACAGCGACUUUUGCAGCCAAUGUUUUGACUCAUCCGCGUCUCAAAUUCAGGACAAUUUAUUAAACAGCAUGCGGUCUUAUGAGAUGUCAACACAGUGUAUUUCGAACAUCAAUUAUCCGCACUCAGGUAAUAUUAUGCGACCAGCGGGACCCCCGAAUCCCUCGCACAGGACUUGGUCGCUCCUUGACACCGCCACGCAUGCGUCCAACGGCCAACAACACGACCUACGGUCACAUCAAAAUAUUGGGAAUUUCGGUUUAAAAUUUCACAACAGUUUAAUGCAACUUGAUAACAUAUCAAACAUCUCGAACUUAGCGAAUAAUUACUCAUCGCUUACCGGUUUGUACUCACCGAUGUCGCAAACGCAAUUAGGCAGUCCGCUUCUGUCAUCGCGGUUCAACCACGAUGUCUCGGCCCACUCGUUUCCGUGGCAUUCUUCCCGUGGGGCCGGUUUCCUGACCUCAAGGUGCUCAGACUCGAGUCUGUUCAUGUCGCCUUACCGGAAGCCCAAGCGUGUUCGUACAGCGUUUUCACCCACGCAGCUACUGCGACUUGAGCAUGCCUUCGAGAAGAACCACUACGUGGUGGGGCAGGAGCGCAAGGAGCUGUCGUCGUCCUUGAACCUGUCGGAGACCCAGGUGAAGGUAUGGUUCCAAAACAGGCGGACCAAACACAAGAGGAUGCAAUCCGAGGAUGACAUGACUUCCGGUCUAUCACGUGGCAUAUACUCGCGGCAACACAGCACCGGAAGUACUACGCCAAGUCUUGAUGACGUCAUAAUUGAUUCGUGACCAUUGUAGAUCUUAAGAUACAAAUGUAUAAACCAAACAUAAACAUAACAGUCAUGUUAUAUAUUUAGAGGCCAUAGAAGCCAUGUGUACAGUUGGGAAUGGGACCGAUUGCGUUUUGAAUACAAAAUCCAUUCUGUGUGUAAUGGUUCUUUACUUGAGUUAAAAGAAAUGGCAAGUUAUUAACUAUUAUAAUUAGGGAUAAUACGGCAUCGUGCCUUAUGUUACGUUUUUUAUUUAUUGGUUAUGUUUGUAUGCACGUUAAUAAUUAUGUUGUUUAUAUAAUUCUUAUAAUCAUAAUAUGUGAUAAUAUGUAUUCGUUUUCUUUUCUCAU